AUGGCCGCCCUUAAAAUCGGCCUUGAAAAAUUUGCCCCCGCCUUCUCCACCAUUCUCAAAACCCUAAAUCCUAACCUGGUCAUCUAUGACUUCAACCAGACAUGGGUACUAGCAACAGCUUCCUCGCUCAAUAUUCCCGUUGUUCUGUUCUUAUCUUUUGGGGCUUUGUUUAUUUCUUUUACUUUCCACCAUGUCUUCAAGAACCCCAAUGUCGAGUACCCAUUUCGGGCAAUUCAUCUUCAUGAGUAUGAAAGAAGUAGUUUUGAAUCCAUGCUUGAAUUCUCUGCAAAUGGUGUGAAAGAAAAAGAUCUUAUCUUCGAAUCCAUUAAACGAUCUCAGGAUGUCAUGUUGCUCAAAACUUCUAGAGGGUUAGAUGGAAAAUAUAUCGAUUAUUUCUCAGCAUUGGUGAAUAAGAGGAUUCAACCGGUUAGUACGCUUGUUCAAGAACCUGCGAAAGCGAAGAACGACUAUGAUGAUGGGGAUGGAGCGAUCAAUGGAAUGGCUUGA